CGAGGAGGCGGUGCGCGGUGGGAGGGGCGGACGGCGCCCGGGUGGCACCGCUCAGAUCUGCUUCUCCCCGGCUCGGGGCGCCGAGGCGGCGUCCGGGAGGCGUCUUCUGCAAAGGUUGCCUGGCGCUGUCCAACAUGGAGGAGGCACCGGCAGCGGGCGUUACCUGCGAGCGGGACUAACCCCUGCCUGGCGUUCCGGGCGGCAGUGCCUGGUCCGGAGUCCAGGGACUCGGCUGCCUGCACGCCCCGAGGCGGACCCCGGCUCUGACUGCUCCCCUGGCCGUGGGCUUCUCGACUGGGACGCGGCGCGAGGAGGGAGCGCGGCGGCCCCGAGUCUCCCUGAGCCAUGGGCAACGAGGCGAGCUUGGAAGGGGAAGGGCUCCCCGAAGGGCUGGCGGCGGCCGCAGCGGCUGGAGGAGGAGCUAGCGGGGCGGGGAGCCCCUCGCACACCGCGAUCCCGGCCGGCAUGGAGGCGGAUUUGAGCCAGCUGAGCGAAGAGGAGAGGAGACAGAUCGCCGCUGUCAUGUCAAGGGCGCAGGGGCUGCCCAAGGGAAGCGUCCCCCCGGCCGCUGCGGAGUCGCCUUCCAUGCACAGGAAACAAGAGUUGGAUAGUAGUCAUCCUCCAAAGCAAUCAGGAAGACCCCCCGACCCUGGGCGUCCAGCUCAACCUGGUCUCAGUAAAAGUAGAACUACAGACACUUUCAGGUCAGAGCAGAAAUUGCCUGGGAGGAGUCCUUCCACUAUUAGCUUGAAAGAAUCAAAGUCCAGAACUGAUUUUAAAGAAGAGCACAAGUCUAGUAUGAUGCCUGGUUUCCUCUCAGAGGUUAAUCCUUUAAAUGCUGUCUCCUCUGUUGUAAAUAAAUUCAACCCUUUUGAUUUGAUAUCAGACUCUGAGGCAUCCCAGGAAGAAACCACCAAGAAACAAAAAGUGGUUCAGAAGGAGCAAGGAAAACCUGAGGGAAUCACAAAACCUCCUUCACAACAACAGCCACCCAAGCCGGUUCCUAAGCAGCAAGGACCUGGUAGGGAUCCACUUCAGCAGGAUGGCCCUCCCAAAUCAGUAUCUUCUCAACAACCAGAAAAAAUUAAAUCACAACCUCCAGGUACAGGAAAGCCAAUUCAGGGUCCUGCCCAGACUUCUCAGACAGACCAUGCAAAAUUGCCACUUCAACGAGAUGCAUCCAGGCCUCAGACUAAACAGGCAGACAUAGUAAGGGGAGAAUCAGUUAAACCCUCACUGCAAAGCCCAUCCAAACCACCUAUUCAGCAACCAACUCCUGGAAAACCUCCAGCACAGCAGCCUGGACAUGAAAAAUCACAGCCUGGGCCUGCAAAGCCCCCAGCUCAGCCCUCAGGGCUAACAAAGCCACUGGCUCAACAACCAGGGACAGUGAAACCCCCAGUCCAGCCACCAGGGACAACAAAGCCUCCAGCUCAGCCUGUUGGUCCUGCUAAGCCUCCAGCUCAGCCGACUGGGUCAGAGAAGCCUUCAUUGGAGCAACCUGGGCCAAAGGCCGUAGCUCAGCCACCUGGAGUUGGAAAGACUGCAGCUCAACAGCCAGGGCAAGCAAAGCCUCCAACCCAGCAGGUGGGGACACCAAAACCCCUAGCUCAACAACCUGGGCCACAGUCUCCAGCUAAGGCACCUGGGCCUGCAAAGACUCCAGUUCAGCAGCCUGGGCCAGGAAAGAUUCCAGCUCAGCAGGCAGGACCUGGAAAGACUUCUGCCCAGCAGACUGGCCCAACAAAGCCUCUUUCACAACUGCCUGGCCCAGCAAAGCCCCCACCUCAACAGCCUGGCUCAGCAAAGCCCCCACCUCAACAGCCUGGCCCAGCAAAGCCCCCACCUCAACAGCCUGGCUCAACAAAACCCCCAUCUCAACAGCCUGGCUCAGCAAAACCCUCAGCUCAACAGCCUAGCCCAGCAAAGCCCUCGGCUCAGCAAUCUACAAAACCAGUAAGCCAAACAGGAUCUGGAAAACCUCUGCAGCCACCAACAAUGUCUCCAUCUGCAAAACAGCCUCCUUCACAAGGCCUCCCUAAAACCAUCUGUCCGCUUUGCAAUACCACUGAACUUCUGUUGCAUGUUCCAGAAAAGGCCAAUUUUAACACAUGCACUGAGUGUCAAACCACUGUCUGUAGCCUCUGUGGUUUUAAUCCCAAUCCUCAUUUAACGGAGGUAAAAGAGUGGCUCUGUUUGAACUGUCAAAUGAAAAGAGCUCUAGGCGGGGAUCUGGCUCCAGUUCCGUCAUCACCCCAGCCCAAACCGAAGACUGCACCUGUUACCGCUACAUCAGCAGUGAGCAAAUCAUCCCCACAGCCACAGCAGACUUCCCCAAAGAAGGAUGCUGCACCAAAACAGGAUCUCUCCAAGGCACCUGAGCCUAAAAAGCCACCGCCACUAGUGAAACAACCAACCCUUCAUGGCUCCGCUUCAGCCAAGGCCAAGCAGCCCCCUGAGGCAGAUUCUUCGUCCAAGCCAGCCCCUCCCAAAGAACCUUCUGUCCCAUCUGAGCACGACAAGGCCCCUGUUGCUGAUGAUAAACCAAAGCAGCCCAAGAUGGUAAAGCCAACCACCGACCUUGUAUCUUCAUCAUCAGCAACAACGAAACCUGAUAUUCCAAGCUCCAAAGUACAGUCACAAGCUGAAGAGAAAACAACCCCUCCUCUAAAAACAGACUCUGCCAAACCCUCACAGAGUUUUCCACCGACAGGGGAAAAAGUCACCCCAUUUGAUUCUAAAGCCAUACCUCGACCUGCAUCAGAUUCAAAAAUUAUUUCACAUCCUGGUCCCAGUUCAGAGAGCAAAGGUCAGAAACAAGUUGACCCCGUACAAAAGAAGGAAGAACCCAAGAAAGCACAAACCAAAAUGAGUCCUAAACCAGAUGCCAAGCCAGUGCCAAAAGGAUCACCAACACCCCCUGGCCCACGACCUACCGCUGGCCAAACUGUCCCCACACCUCAACAGUCCCCAAAGCCUCAGGAGCAGUCAAGACGUUUCAGUCUGAAUCUGGGAAGUAUUACUGAUGCCCCCAAAUCACAGCCUACAACUCCUCAAGAGACCGUGACUGGGAAACUCUUUGGGUUUGGAGCAUCAAUCUUCAGCCAGGCAUCAAAUUUAAUUUCCACUGCAGGCCAACCUGGACCUCAUUCACAAAGUGGACCAGGGGCCCCAAUGAAACAAGCCCCUGCCCCUUCACAGCCACCUAUUUCGCAAGGGACACCCAAAUCCACAGGUCAAGCACCACCAGCACCUGCGAAAAGUAUAUCUGUGAAAAAGGAAACAAAAGCCCCAGCAGCUGAAAAAUUAGAGCCCAAAGCUGAACAAGCUCCAACAGUAAAAAGAACAGAAACAGAAAAAAAGCUACCACCUAUUAAGGAUAGCAAAUCUUUAACAGCUGAGCCUCAAAAGGCUGUCCUUCCCACAAAACUGGAGAAAUCUCCCAAACCAGAAUCAACCUGUCCUGUCUGCAAAACUGAACUCAAUAUAGGUUCUAAGGAUCCUCCUAACUUCAAUACUUGCACUGAAUGCAAGAAUCAAGUGUGUAAUCUGUGUGGAUUUAACCCUACACCGCAUUUGACUGAGAUUCAAGAAUGGCUGUGUUUAAAUUGCCAAACCCAGAGAGCAAUAUCAGGACAGCUUGGAGACAUAGGCAAAAUGCCACCUGCACCUUCAGGACCCAAAGCAUCUCCCAUGCCUGUUCUUACAGAAUCAUCGUCUCAGAAAACAGCAAUGCCUCCCCAAGUAAAAUUAGUGAAAAAGCAAGAACAAGAAGUAAAAACAGAAGCUGAAAAAGUCAUUCUGGAAAAAGUAAAGGAAACACUAUCAAUGGAAAAAAUUCCUCCUAUGGUAACCACAGAUCAAAAACAAGAAGAGAGUAAACUAGAGAAAGACAAAGCUUCAGCUCUUCAAGAAAAAAAGCCACUCCCUGAAGAAAAAAAACUAAUCUCUGAAGAAGAAAAGAUACGUUCUGAAGAAAAAAAGCCACUCCUAGAAGAAAAAAAGCCAACCCCUGAAGACAAAAAGCUACUCCCAGAGGCAAAAACAUCAGCCCCAGAAGAACAAAAACAUGACUUACUUAAAUCUCAAGUACAAAUUGCUGAAGAAAAGCUUGAAGGCAGAGUGGCUCCAAAGACAGUGCAAGAAGAGAAACAACCACAGACCAAGAUGGAAGAUUUACCAUCUGGCACACCUCAGAGUUUACCUAAAGAAGAUGAUAAGACAACCAAAACAAUAAAAGAACAGCCACAGCCACCAUGCACAGCAAAACCUGAUCAGGUGGAACCUGGGAAAGAAAAAACAGAAAAGGAAGAUGACAAAUCAGACACCUCAAGUUCUCAGCAGCCUAAAAGCCCCCAAGGUCUGAGCGACACGGGAUAUUCUUCUGAUGGAAUAUCAAGCUCACUUGGUGAAAUUCCAAGUCUUAUUCCAACUGACGAAAAGGAUAUUCUCAAGGGACUCAAAAAGGACUCUUUUUCACAAGAAAGCAGCCCUUCCAGCCCCUCAGAUUUGGCUAAGUUAGAAAGUACAGUCCUAUCUAUUUUGGAAGCUCAAGCAAGUACACUUGCUGAUGAAAAGUCAGAAAAGAAAACACAACCCCAUGAAGUUUCUCCUGAACAGCCUAAAGACCAAGAGAAAACUCAGAGUUUAUCUGAAACCUUGGAAAUUACUAUUUCAGAAGAGGAGAUCAAAGAGAGUCAAGAAGAAAGGAAAGACACUUUUAAAAAAGAUAGCCAACAAGAUAUUCCUUCCAGCAAGGACCAUAAAGAGAAGUCUGAGUUUGUUGAUGACAUAACUGCUAGAAGAGAGCCUUAUGAUUCAGUUGAAGAGAGUAGUGAAAGUGAAAACUCACCUGUUCCACAAAGAAAACGAAGAACUAGUGUUGGCUCGUCAAGCAGUGAUGAGUAUAAACAGGAAGACAGCCAAGGAUCAGGGGAAGAGGAGGACUUCAUUCGAAAACAAAUCAUAGAAAUGAGUGCUGAUGAAGAUGCUUCAGGUUCUGAAGAUGAUGAGUUCAUCAGAAACCAGCUCAAAGAGAUUAGUAGUAGUACUGAGAGCCAGAAGAAGGAAGAAACAAAGGGAAAAGGCAAAAUAACAGCAGGGAAACACAGACGACUGACUCGAAAAAGUAGCACAAGCAUUGAUGAUGAUGCAGGAAGACGUCACUCAUGGCAUGAUGAAGAUGAUGAAGCAUUUGAUGAAAGUCCUGAACUUAAAUACAGAGAAACUAAAAGUCAGGAAAGUGAAGAACUUGUAGUUGCUGGAGGAGGAGGGCUACGCCGAUUUAAAACAAUUGAGCUCAACAGUACAAUAGCAGAUAAAUAUUCUGCUGAGUCAUCACAGAAAAAAACAAGUUUGUAUUUUGAUGAAGAGCCAGAAUUAGAAAUGGAAAGCCUGACAGACUCACCUGAAGAUAGGUCAAGGGGAGAGGGAUCUUCGAGUCUGCAUGCUUCCAGCUUCACUCCUGGUACAUCCCCUACAUCAGUAUCAUCACUUGAUGAGGACAGUGACAGUAGCCCGAGUCACAAAAAAGGAGAGAGCAAACAGCAACGCAAAGCUCGGCACAGACCACAUGGCCCUCUUUUGCCUACUAUUGAAGAUUCUUCAGAGGAAGAAGAAUUGAGAGAGGAAGAAGAAUUAUUAAAGGAGCAAGAAAAGCAGAGGGAAAUAGAACAGCAACAAAGAAAGAGUUCUAGUAAAAAAUCAAAGAAAGACAAAGAUGAACUUCGAGCUCAGAGAAGAAGGGAAAGGCCAAAGACACCACCUAGUAAUCUCUCUCCCAUUGAAGAUGCAUCUCCGACAGAAGAGUUACGUCAGGCUGCAGAAAUGGAGGAGCUCCAUAGAUCUUCUUGUUCUGAAUAUUCACCUAGCAUAGAAUCAGACCCAGAAGGUUUCGAAAUAAGCCCGGAAAAAAUAAUAGAAGUACAAAAAGUUUACAAAUUGCCCACAGCUGUGUCAUUAUACUCACCAACAGAUGAGCAAUCUAUUAUGCAGAAAGAAGGUAGCCAAAAGUCGUUAAAAAGUGCUGAGGAGAUGUAUGAAGAAAUGAUGCAUAAACCACACAAAUACAAAGCUUUUCCAGCUGCAAAUGAACGAGAUGAAGUGUUUGAAAAAGAGCCUUUGUACGGUGGGAUGCUAAUAGAGGAUUAUAUUUAUGAAUCUUUAGUAGAAGAUACAUACAAUGGAUCGGUAGAUGGCAGUCUGCUAACAAGGCAAGAAGAAGAAAAUGGAUUUAUGCAGCAGAAAGGAAGAGAGCAAAAGAUAAGACUUUCAGAACAGAUUUAUGAAGAUCCUAUGCAGAAAAUUACAGACCUCCAGAAAGAGUUUUAUGAGUUAGAAAGUUUACAUUCUGUUGUGCCUCAGGAAGAUAUUGUUUCAAGCUCUUUUAUCAUCCCAGAAAGCCAUGAGAUAGUGGACCUGGGUACUAUGGUAACUUCUGCAGGAGAAGAAAAGCAUCUACUAGAUGCUGAUGCUGCCUAUGAAGAACUUAUGAAGAGGCAACAGAUGCAGUUAACACCUGGAUCUAGCCCAACCCAGGCCCCCAUUGGUGAGGAUAUGACAGAGUCCACCAUGGACUUUGACAGAAUGCCCGAUGCAUCUUUGACAUCAAGUGUUCUCUCAGGAGCGUCUCUUACAGAUUCGACCAGCAGUGCAACACUCUCUAUCCCAGAUGUUAAAAUAACCCAACAUUUUUCAACAGAAGAAAUUGAGGAUGAAUAUGUAACCGAUUAUACAAGAGAAAUUCAAGAGAUAAUUGCCCAUGAAUCGCUGAUUUUGACCUACUCGGAGCCUUCAGAAAGUGCUACAUCUGUGCCACCCUCUGACACGCCUUCUCUCACAUCAUCUGUUUCUUCGGUCUAUACCACAGAUAGCUCUUCACCCAUUACUACCCUGGAUAGCAUAACCACAGUUUAUACAGAGCCAGUGGACAUGAUAACUAAAUUUGAAGGCUCUGAGGAAAUUUCUUCAUCAACUUAUUUUCCAGGCAGCAUUAUAGACUAUCCAGAAGAAAUAAGUGUAUCUUUAGAUCGGACUACCACACCAGAUGGUAGAGCUAGUGCUGAUCGUAUUGUUAUUUCCUUAUCUGAUAUGGCAUCUUCUAUCGUAGAAUCUGUAGUACCUAAACCUGAAGGGCCAGUUGCUGACACUAUUUCUACUGACUUAUCUAUAUCUGAAAAGGACCCAGUGAAGAAAGCCAAGAAGGAAACUGGGAAUGGAAUCAUUCUGGAAGUUUUGGAAGCUUACAGAGAUAAAAAGGAGUUGGAGGCUGAACUAACAAAAAGUAGCUUAUCCGAAACCGUGUUUGAUCACCCACCUUCUUCUGUAAUAGCCCUUCCAAUGAAAGAGCAGCUUUCAACCACAUACUUUACAUCUGGAGAGACCUUUGAUCAGGAAAAACCUGCAUCUCAGUUACCAUCUGGCAGUCCUUCUGUUUCCUCUCUUCCAGCUAAACCUCGCCCAUUCUUUAGAAGUUCUUCUUUGGACAUAUCAGCUCAACCUCCUCCCCCUCCUCCCCCUCCCCCUCCUCCUCCUCCUCCACCACCACCCCCUCCUCCCCCACCACUUCCUCCACCAACUUCACCUAAACCAACUAUUCUUCCUAAAAAAAAGUUAACAGUUGCAGCUCCAGUGACUACAGCUACACCUCUGUUUGAUGCUAUUACUACUGUAGAGACCACAGCUGUUCUGAGAAGUAAUGGAUUACCUGUUACAAGAAUAUGUACCACUGCACCUCCUCCUGUUCCUCCUAAGCCAUCUUCAAUUCCAUCUGGACUUGUAUUUACCCACAGGCCUGAGCCAAGCAAACCUCCAAUCGCCCCCAAACCAGUGAUUUCUCAGCUUCCAACAACUACACAAAAACCAACAGAUAUACACCCCAAACCAACAGGCCUAUCUUUAACCUCAAGUAUGACCUUAAAUUUAGUGACUUCAGCAGAUUAUAAAUUGCCUUCCCCUACCUCCCCACUUUCUCCACACUCCAACAAGUCCUCACCAAGAUUUUCCAAAUCCCUCACAGAAACUUAUGUAGUUAUUACAUUGCCAUCUGAACCUGGGACUCCAACAGAUUCUUCUGCUAGUCAAGCAAUUACCAGUUGGCCCUUGGGAUCACCCUCCAAAGAUCUGGUUUCUGUUGAACCUAUGUUUUCUGUAUUUCCUCCUGUGACAGCUGUAGAAAUUCCAAUUUCUUCAGAACAGACCUUCUACAUCUCUGGAGCUUUACAGACAUUUUCUGCUACCCCUGUCACAGCACCCUCUUCAUUUCAAGCAGCUCCUACGUCAGUUACACAGUUUCUCACUACUGAAGUUUCCAAGACUGAGGUUUCAGCAAGCAGAAGUACAGCUCCUAGUGUUGGUCUCAGCAGCAUUUCCAUAACAAUUCCUCCAGAGCCUCUUGCUCUAGAUAACAUACCUUUAGAGAAGCCUCAGUAUAAAGAAGAUGGAAAAUUGCAACUUGUUGGUGAUGUAAUUGAUUUGCGUACAGUACCAAAGGUAGAAGUUAAAACAACUGAUAAAUGUAUUGAUCUUUCUGCUUCUACAAUGGAUGUGAAAAGGCAAAUCACAACAAAUGAAGUUUAUGGGAAACAAAUUAGUGCUGUCCAACCCUCUAUUAUAAAUCUUAGUGUGACAUCAUCCAUAGUGACUCCUAUAUCUCUGACCACUGAGACAGUGACCUUUGUCACAUGCACAGCUAGUGCAAGUUACACUACAGGCACAGAAAGCCUAGUGGGUGUAGAACAUGCAAUGACAACACCACUCCAACUUACAAAAUCAAAGCAUGCUGAGCCCCCAUACAGGAUACCAAGUGACCAGGUCUUUCCUAUAGCUAGGGAAGAAGCACCAAUAAACUUAUCUCUAGGUACUCCAGCACAUGCAGUGACAUUGGCUAUUACAAAACCUGUCACUGUGCCUCCUGUUGGUGUCACAAAUGGAUGGACUGAUAGCACCAUAUCCCAGGGGAUCACUGAUGGGGAAGCAGUGGAUCUCAGUACAACCAAGUCUCACAGAACAGUCGUAACAAUGGAUGAGUCUACUUCAAGUGUGAUGACCAAAAUAAUGGAAGAUGAUGAAAAACCCGUUGAUUUAACUGCAGGGAGAAGAGCUGUGUGCUGUGAUGUGGUUUAUAAAUUACCAUUUGGAAGGAGCUGCACAGCACAGCAGCCUGCAACUACUCUUCCUGAGGAUCGUUUUGGUUAUAGGGAUGACCACUAUCAGUAUGAUCGAUCAGGGCCAUAUGGUUAUAGAGGGAUUGGGGGAAUGAAGCCUUCCAUGUCUGACACAAAUUUAGCAGAAGCUGGACAUUUUUUCUAUAAAAGUAAGAAUGCUUUUGAUUAUUCUGAAGGAACUGACACAGCGGUAGAUCUGACUUCAGGGAGAGUUACUACAGGUGAGGUAAUGGAUUAUUCAAGCAAGACUACAGGUCCAUAUCCAGAAACACGACAAGUCAUUUCUGGAGUUGGGAUUAGUACCCCACAGUAUUCCACAGCAAGAAUGACACCACCACCAGGACCCCAGUAUUGUGUGGGGAGUGUUUUGAGGUCAUCUAACGGUGUUGUCUAUUCUUCAGUAGCAACUCCAACACCCUCUACAUUUGCUAUCACCACACAACCCGGCUCCAUUUUCAGCACCACAGUGAGGGAUUUGUCUGGUAUUCAUACGGCUGAUGCAGUGACUUCAUUACCUGCCAUGCACCAUAGCCAGCCAAUGCCUAGAUCAUAUUUUAUAACAACAGGUGCAUCUGAAACGGACAUUGCAGUAACUGGUAUUGAUAUCAGUGCCAGUUUUCAAACUAUUACUAUGGAGUCUCUUACUGCUGAGACGGUAGACUCUGUUCCCACUUUAACCACAGCAUCCGAAGUGUUUCCUGAAGUGGUGGGAGAUGAAAGUGCUCUUUUAAUUGUCCCUGAAGAAGAUAAACAACAGCAGCAGCUAGACUUGGAGCGUGAGCUCCUGGAACUGGAGAAAAUUAAGCAACAGCGCUUUGCUGAGGAAUUGGAGUGGGAACGUCAGGAAAUUCAAAGGUUCCGAGAACAAGAAAAGAUCAUGGUUCAGAAAAAGUUGGAGGAGCUGCAGUCUAUGAAGCAACACCUUCUCUAUCAGCAAGAAGAAGAACGGCAAGCCCAGUUCAUGAUGAGGCAGGAGACAUUAGCUCAGCAACAGUUACAGCUUGAGCAGAUCCAACAGCUGCAACAACAGCUUCACCAGCAGCUGGAGGAGCAAAAGAUUCGGCAGAUCUACCAGUAUAACUAUGACCCUUCUGGAACUGCUUCUCCACAAACCACUACAGAGCAGGCAAUUUUGGAAGGUCAGUAUGCUGCUCCGGAAGGCAGUCAAUUUUGGGCAACUGAAGAUGCAACCACCACAGCUUCAGCUGUUGUGGCAAUUGAAAUACCACAAAGCCAAGGAUGGUACACCGUUCAAUCUGAUGGUGUUACUCAGUACAUUGCCCCACCUGGUAUCCUGAGCACUGUUUCAGAAAUACCUCUAACAGAUGUUGUUGUAAAAGAGGAAAAACAACCCAAAAAGAGAAGUUCUGGAGCUAAAGUCCGAGGACAGUAUGAUGACAUGGGAGAAAAUAUGACAGAUGAUCCCCGAAGUUUUAAAAAGAUAGUGGACAGUGGUGUACAAACGGAUGACGAAGAUGCCACAGAUCGGAGCUAUGUGAGUAGGAGAAGGAGAACUAAAAAGAGUGUGGAUACAAGCGUCCAAACUGAUGAUGAAGAUCAGGAUGAGUGGGAUAUGCCUACUAGAUCAAGGAGGAAAGCUCGUGUAGGGAAAUAUGGUGACAGCAUGACAGAGGCUGACAAGACCAAACCCCUUUCCAAAGUCUCCAGCAUAGCAGUUCAAACGGUAGCAGAGAUAUCUGUGCAAACUGAACCAGUUGGAACCAUAAGAACACCCUCCAUACGGGCACGAGUGGAUGCCAAGGUAGAAAUAAUUAAACACAUUUCAGCACCUGAAAAGACUUACAAAGGGGGCAGUUUAGGAUGUCAAACAGAAGCAGAUUCAGACACACAAAGUCCUCAAUAUCUGAGUGCCACAUCUCCACCCAAAGACAAGAAACGCCCAACACCUUUAGAGAUUGGUUAUUCAUCUCACCUCCGGGCAGAUUCCACAGUACAGCUGGCUCCUUCCCCACCCAAAUCCCCCAAAGUCCUUUACUCACCCAUCUCACCACUUUCACCAGGCAAAGCCUUAGAAUCAGCCUUUGUACCUUAUGAAAAACCCCUCCCUGAUGAUAUAAGUCCACAGAAAGUACUGCAUCCAGAUAUGGCUAAAGUUCCCCCAGCAAGUCCUAAGACAGCCAAGAUGAUGCAGCGUUCUAUGUCUGACCCCAAGCCUCUGAGUCCAACAGCAGACGAAAGUUCCAGGGCUCCUUUUCAGUAUACCGAGGGCUAUACGACUAAAGGUUCUCAAACCAUGACAUCCUCUGGAACCCAGAAAAAAGUUAAAAGAACUCUGCCAAAUCCACCUCCUGAGGAGAUUUCCACAGGAACUCAAUCCACAUUCAGCACAAUGGGCACAGUUUCCAGGAGAAGGAUCUGCAGAACCAACACAAUGGCACGAGCCAAGAUUCUCCAGGACAUAGACAGAGAGCUUGAUCUUGUGGAAAGGGAGUCUGCAAAACUUAGAAAGAAACAAGCAGAGCUUGAUGAAGAAGAAAAGGAGAUUGACGCCAAGCUACGAUACCUGGAAAUGGGAAUUAACAGGAGGAAAGAGGCACUAUUAAAGGAGAGAGAAAAGAGAGAACGAGCCUACCUCCAGGGAGUAGCUGAGGAUCGUGAUUACAUGUCUGACAGUGAAGUGAGUAGCACAAGACCAACCCGAAUAGAAAGUCAGCAUGUCAUUGAGCGACCAAGAACUGCUCCCCAAACUGAAUUCAGCCAGUUUAUACCACCACAAACCCAAACAGAAUCUCAACUAGUUCCUCCGACAAGUCCUUACACACAAUACCAGUACUCUUCCCCUGCUCUUCCUACCCAAGCACCCACCUCAUACACCCAACAAUCUCAUUUUGAGCAACAAACUUUGUACCAUCAGCAAGUUUCACCUUAUCAGACUCAGCCAGCAUUCCAAGCUGUGGCAACAAUGUCCUUCACACCUCAAGCUCAACCUACACCAACCCCACAGCCUUCUUAUCAGUUACCUUCACAGAUGAUGAUGAUACAACAGAAGCCACGGCAAACUACAUUAUAUUUGGAGCCCAAGAUAACCUCAAACUAUGAAGUGAUUCGCAACCAACCCCUUAUGAUAGCACCUGUUUCUACUGAUAACACAUAUGCUGUUUCCCAUCUUGGUAGUAAGUACAAUAGUUUAGACUUGAGAAUAGGUUUGGAGGAAAGAAGUAGCAUGGCAAGCAGUCCAAUAUCAAGCAUAUCUGCAGAUUCUUUCUAUGCAGAUAUUGAUCACCAUACUCCACGAAAUUAUGUCCUAAUUGACGACAUUGGAGAGAUCACCAAAGGAACAGCGGCAUUAAGCACCGCAUUUAGCCUUCAUGAAAAGGAUCUGUCAAAAACAGACCGUCUCCUUCGAACCACUGAGACACGCCGGUCUCAAGAAGUGACAGAUUUCCUAGCACCUUUACAGUCUUCCUCUAGAUUGCAUAGUUAUGUGAAGGCAGAGGAAGACCCAAUGGAGGAUCCUUAUGAGUUAAAGCUUCUGAAACAUCAGAUUAAACAGGAAUUUCGUAGAGGGACAGAGAGCUUAGAUCACCUUGCUGGUCUUUCUCAUUAUUACCAUGCUGAUACUAGCUAUAGACAUUUUCCAAAAUCUGAGAAGUAUAGCAUCAGUAGACUCACACUUGAAAAACAAGCAGCAAAACAACUGCCAGCAGCCAUACUUUAUCAAAAGCAGUCAAAGCAUAAGAAAUCACUAAUUGACCCUAAAAUGUCAAAAUUUUCACCUAUUCAGGAAAGUAGAGACCUUGAACCUGAUUAUUCAAGCUAUAUGACUUCUAGCACUUCAUCUAUUGGUGGCAUUUCCUCCAGGGCAAGGCUCCUUCAAGAUGACAUCACUUUUGGCCUCAGAAAAAAUAUUACAGACCAACAAAAAUUUAUGGGAUCCUCUCUUGGCACAGGACUGGGCACAUUAGGAAAUACCAUACGCUCAGCUCUGCAGGAUGAAGCAGAUAAGCCAUACAGUAGUGGCAGCAGGUCCAGACCUUCCUCCAGACCUUCCUCUGUGUAUGGGCUUGAUUUAUCAAUUAAAAGGGAUUCUUCUAGCUCUUCCCUAAGACUGAAAGCUCAAGAGGCUGAAGCUCUAGAUGUUUCCUUUAGUCAUGCAUCAUCCUCUGCCAGAACUAAGCCGACCAGUUUGCCAAUUAGUCAAAGUAGAGGAAGAAUACCAAUUGUGGCCCAGAAUUCUGAAGAAGAAAGCCCACUCAGUCCUGUUGGCCAGCCAAUGGGAAUGGCCAGGGCUGCAGCUGGACCCCUGCCACCAAUAUCUGCAGACACCAGGGAUCAGUUUGGAUCAAGCCACUCACUGCCUGAAGUUCAGCAACACAUGAGGGAAGAAUCAAGGACUCGAGGCUAUGACCGUGACAUAGCAUUCAUCAUGGAUGACUUCCAACAUGCCAUGUCAGACAGUGAAGCCUAUCAUCUGCGUCGUGAGGAAACAGAUUGGUUUGAUAAACCCAGGGAAUCUCGUUUGGAAAAUGGACAUGGUCUGGACCGAAAACUGCCGGAAAGAUUGGUCCACUCUAGACCACUCAGUCAACAUCAAGAGCAAAUUAUACAGAUGAACGGGAAAACUAUGCACUACAUCUUUCCUCACGCAAGGAUAAAAAUAACAAGAGACUCAAAGGAUCACACAGUUUCAGGUAAUGGAUUAGGAAUUAGAAUUGUGGGUGGUAAAGAAAUCCCGGGACAUAGUGGAGAAAUUGGAGCCUAUAUUGCCAAGAUUCUUCCUGGGGGAAGUGCAGAACAGACGGGGAAGCUUAUGGAAGGGAUGCAAGUAUUGGAAUGGAAUGGAAUUCCCUUGACUUCUAAAACAUAUGAAGAAGUUCAGAGUAUCAUUAGUCAACAAAGUGGGGAAGCAGAAAUAUGUGUAAGACUGGACCUGAAUAUGCUAUCAGAUUCUGAAAAUUCCCAGCAUCUGGAACUUCAUGAGCCACCAAAAGCUGUGGAUAAGGCGAAAUCCCCAGGGGUUGAUCCUAAGCAGUUGGCAGCAGAACUCCAGAAGGUUUCACUACAGCAGUCACCGCUGGUUCUGUCAUCAGUUGUUGAAAAAGGAUCUCAUGUUCAUUCAGGUCCUACAUCAGCAGGAUCCAGUUCCGUUCCCAGCCCUGGGCAACCAGGGUCCCCCUCAGUGAGCAAAAAGAAGCACAGCAGCAGCAAGCCUACUGAUGGAACAAAGGUUGUCUCUCAUCCAAUUACGGGAGAAAUUCAGCUUCAAAUUAACUAUGAUCUUGGAAAUCUGAUAAUACAUAUUCUCCAAGCAAGAAAUCUUGUUCCUCGAGACAACAAUGGUUAUUCUGACCCUUUUGUGAAAGUGUACCUUCUUCCAGGGAGAGGUCAAGUCAUGGUUGUCCAGAAUGCAAGUGCUGAGUACAAGAGAAGGACUAAAUAUGUCCAGAAAAGUCUUAAUCCUGAGUGGAAUCAAACAGUAAUUUAUAAAAGUAUUUCCAUGGAACAGCUCAAGAAGAAAACACUGGAGGUGACAGUUUGGGAUUACGAUAGAUUUUCAUCCAACGACUUCCUUGGGGAGGUAUUGAUUGAUUUAUCUAGCACAUCUCACCUCGAUAACACUCCAAGGUGGUACUCUCUCAAAGAACAGACUGAAAGCAUUGAUCAUGGCAAGUCUCAUUCCAGUCAGAGCAGCCAGCAGUCCCCAAAGCCAUCUGUUAUCAAAAGCAGAAGCCAUGGUAUCUUCCCUGACCCAUCAAAGGACAUGCAGGUUCCCACCAUUGAGAAAUCCCACAGUAGUCCUGGUAGCUCAAAAUCAUCAUCAGAAGGCCAUCUCCGUUCUCAUGGACCAUCUCGCAGUCAAAGCAAAACCAGCGUCACUCAGACCCACCUGGAAGAUGCAGGGGCUGCCAUAGCUGCUGCCGAAGCUGCCGUGCAACAACUCCGCAUUCAACCAACAAAGCCUCCCAAUCACCGGCCUGCAGAAAGCUCUGUGUCCACCGGCUCCUCGGGCAGCAGCUUUGGCAGUGGGUAUAGCGUGGACAGUGAAGGAAGCAGCAGCACUGCAGGGGAGACUAAUCUAUUUCCUAUUCCGAGGAUAGGGAAGAUGGGACAGAAUGGACAAGAGCCUGUAAAACAGCCAGGAGUAGGAGUAGGACUAGCAGACACUGAAGCUAAAACUCAGGUAAUGGGAGAAAUCAAGAUUGCAUUGAAGAAGGAAAUGAAGACAGAUGGUGAACAACUAAUAGUUGAAAUUCUCCAAUGCAGAAAUAUUACAUACAAAUUUAAGUCUCCUGAUCAUCUACCAGAUUUAUAUGUGAAAAUAUAUGUGAUGAAUAUUUCUACCCAAAAAAAGGUAAUCAAGAAAAAAACAAGAGUAUGCAGACAUGACCGAGAGCCUUCAUUCAACGAAACUUUUCGAUUCAGUCUAAGUCCUGCAGGACAUUCUCUUCAGAUUUUACUUUUCUCCAAUGGAGGGAAGUUUAUGAAAAAGACCUUGAUUGGUGAAGCCUGUAUCUGGCUUGACAAAGUGGAUCUCAGAAAAAGAAUAGUCAACUGGCACAAACUUUUGGUCAGUCCUACUCAAACACAUUGAAGAAACAUGUCUUCUCAGGGUAUAGAAACUGCUCUAAAUAGCCUCACAUCAAGACUAUAGUUGAAUACUAUUGUACAAAGCUAAGUUUUGAGAGGCAAACAUAAGAGUGGGAACAACAGGAAAAACAUACUUAACACCUUGUACAUUUAUUGUUGUGGAUCACACAAAGAUAUUCAAUUGAAAAAGUUCACAUACUGAAAACAAAAAGAAUGGAGUUCUGAGACCUUGAAUUUCCCAUGACUGUGAAGAGAAACUGUGAAACAAAUUUUGAUUACUUAAGACAAAAAUCUUUGAGCAGAGUUGAGCUAUAGCUUAACACAGAGGCUCAAAGAUUAAUGUGGUUUUCAUGCAGCACAAAGGUAAUUCUUUAUGCAAAGAAGCCUUGGUUGAAAGGAAAGAACUGAUGUAACAAAUCUCAGUUUUCAAAACUUCAAAAAUCUUCCUUCAUCGUCUUCAAUUCGGACAACUUGCUGCUUUCAGAUUCUGACAUAAGAUAUACCUACAAUAUGUUUCCAGGGCUGGAAGUGAGGUGGCUGUGUUCUUAGGGAAAAUGGAAGAGGAGAUAUAGAAAUUGUGACUUUUAGGCCAUAUUUUACCAGUUUUCUCUGUGUCUAAAUGUAACAAGGGUAUACAGCACUGACUUUGGAAUCCAUGUGGUAAAAGCACAUUUGUUUGUGUAUAGUUUGAAAUAAUGUAGAGUUGAAGAUAAUACUAGGUAGAAAUAAAAUUGAAUUUAUCUAGAAAUAAAACUAUGACUGGCUAACAAAGAAGAAUGUUGCCCCAUAGAAUAUUGGAAUUUUGGUUGAAACCAUCAAAAUCUUCAUAAUUUACCAUUAAGCCAAGACAUCUUCAGUCUAUUUACCAAAGGACCUAGAGUAAACUGAUAUGUUCUAGGAAGC